CUUCCUUGCUGCUUGCAGGGGUCUCUCUCUUCAUUCCUCAGCAUGAUUUAUCUCUCAGCCAUUUCUUUUUAUGGCUGGUGGCCUUGUUUAUCUAAACCCUUUCUCAUACUAUUCUCCUUCUCUUCACCCCCCUUAAUCUCUCUCCCUCUCUCUCUCUAUGAGCUUCAUCAUGGCAGAAAACCAAGAAAAAGUCAUGUGGCCAAGAUUAGUAUCUAAGAAGAUUCUUGGAGAAAGAUUGAGGAGCAACAACAACUUUGUGGCAGAUUUUCCAAGCAACGCAGAAUCCAGCAGCUUGCUGGAUAUUUCAAGCUUGAGUCCGCCAUCUUUGAGCGAGAACAACAUCCUCAAUCAGUGCAAGCACAACUUCCAAAACUACAAGAUCUUCAUCAGCACAUGGAAUGUUGGCGGGAUUGCACCACAGGACGAUUUGGACAUUGCCGAUUGGCUAGAUACUCCCAAUAAUAUGUGUGACAUAUACGUUUUUGGGUUUCAAGAGAUUGUACCUCUAAGAGCAUCAUAUGUUUUAGGUUCCGAAAAUAGUAAGAUUUCAAUGAAAUGGAAUUCAUUGAUUAGAGAAGCAUUGAACAAGAAGAUUCAGCAUUGCCUAGAAAAACAGCAAUACAAUAAUAAAUUAGGAAGAAAACAAAAAACUACUGAAGAUGAAAAGGCAAUAUUCGAAAGCAGCAUUCCUGAAGGCUUCCGGUGUGUCACUAGUAAGCAAAUGGUUGGAAUAUCAAUAUCAGUUUGGAUUCGAAGUGAUCUGCGUCCUUAUGUCCGGCAUCCUAGGGCCUCUUGUGUAGGCUGUGGCAUCAUGGGUUACCUAGGAAACAAGGGAUCUGUGUCAGUUAGAUUUCAGUUGCAUGAAACAAGCUUCUGCUUUGUGUGUAGUCAUCUAGCUUCAGGAGGUAGAGAGGGGGACGAAAAGCAUAGAAAAUCCGACGUAGCUGAAAUAUUUUCUCGAACAAGCUUCCCUAGAGGGCCUUCGUUUGAUUUGCCGCGAAAGAUUCUAGAUCAUGACCGAGUAAUUUUGCUUGGAGAUUUGAAUUAUAGAAUUUCUCUACCAGAAGCAACAACUCGAUUAUUGGUGGAUAGAAAAGAAUGGAAUGCCUUGCUAGAAAAUGAUCAGCUAAGGAUGGAGCUCAUGAAUGGUCAAGUAUUUGAAGGUUGGCAUGAAGGACUUAUCAAAUUUGCUCCCACUUACAAAUAUUGCCUGAAUUCAAAUGUAUAUUUUGGAUGUGUUGAAGGCCAAAAAGGUGGAAAGUGGCGCGCCCCUGCAUGGUGUGAUCGGAUUAUUUGGUACGGAGAGGGACUGCAGCAACGUCUGUAUACUAGAGGUGAAUCAAACUUGUCUGAUCAUAGACCAGUCAAGGCAAUAUUUACUGCACAAGUUCAGGUAUCAAGCACAUUAAAAGGACUUCAAAAAUUCUUCCUGUCAGAAAGGUUUGAUCAAAGAACAACCAAAUUUGAUCAGAUGUCAUCAUCCGAUAAAUUUCGAUGCAGAGGCAGAUCAAGCUUCUGAUUGUAAAAAGACACAUAAGUAUAUUGUAGCCACGCACAUAUAAUUAUACACACAAACACAUAAAGUAGUGUGAUGUGUGUUAUAUUAUAUUAUAUAGAAAGAAGGGAAAUGAUUUCUGCUAGUUGAUCUGAAUCUGCUGAUGAUUGUACACUAACUGUUUGUUUUAGAGGCUCCAUGUGAUUGUAUAAGA